GCUCAGAAUGGUACGGUCCGUUGGCCCUAGACCGGAAGAGGGUCCGGGCUCAGGGACCAGGACGACGACGACGACGACGCCGCCGCCGCCGCUCUUUGACCCGUUCCCGGUCCCUCACGUGCACCGAGCGUCAGCUGUGGAUGUGCGGUGUGAGUUUGUCGUCUCGCUUAAUCCUCGGGCCCCCGUGUCCUCCGCGAGACGUUCGCUCUCGGUGGGAUGGAGAGGUGAGCGGAACGGAGCGUCUGGUCUGGGGCGUGUUUACAUCGGCCAACGACGACGACGACGACAACAACAACACGUCCCCCGCGCGGCGGUGCGUCACGUCUGGACCCCGCAGACAAAUGCCUAACACGUCAAAAGGUCAAGGGGCGAACCUUCCUGGGCCGACGGAGCCCUCUGGGCUGCAGAGGACCGCUGAUGGCGGGGAGCAGCAGCAGCAGCAGCGCGGCGGUCUGAUCAGCUCCCUCGCCCGGGACGCCGCCAGAGCCAGGAGGGCGUCGAGCGCCGAGCUGCACCUGCCGUGGACCUGCCCCGUCACACACUCCCGGGAGAAGUUCUACACCGUCUGCUCCGACUAUGCUCUCCUCAACCAGGCCGCCUCGGUGUACUGUCCCCCGAGGGACGCGGCCCACAACAAGCAGGCCGACGGGCUGAAGCCCAAACCCUCGGCGGACUUCGGCGCCUGUCAAGGCCCCGGGGGGGCCCACGCGGGAUCGGACGGGGACUGCGACAUGGAGGAAGCGUCCUCUGGCCACUCGAAGCCCAUCUUGGCCUGGGAGAUCGACACGGCGGACUUCGACGCCGUACUCAUGAGAAAAAUAAGAACAAGCAAUGUGAAGAAAUGCAGCACCAAGAAGAUGAAGUCCAGCCGGAACCUGCAAGACGUCCCCCCUCACGCCUCUCUGGAGGAGGUCCAACAGCGCAAAGUGCUCGACCUAAGAAGAUGGUAUUGCAUCAGUCGGCCUCAGUACAAGACCUCAUGUGGAAUCUCCUCUCUGGUGUCCUGCUGGAACUUCUUAUACAGCACUCUGGGUGCAGGCAGUCUUCCACCCAUCUCUCAGGAGGAGGCGCUGCACAUCCUGGGGUUUCAGCCGCCUUUCGAAGAAAUCAAGUUCGGUCCUUUCACCGGGAACGCCACUCUGAUGCGGUGGUUCAGGCAAAUCAAUGACAACUUCCGAGUGCGAGGUUGCUCCUACAUUCUCUACAAACCCCACGGGAAACACAAGACUGCAGGAGAAACGGCCGAAGGAGCAUUGAUGAAACUGACACAAGGGCUGAAGGAUGAGUCCAUGGCCUACAUCUACCACUGCCAGAACCACUACUUCUGCCCAGUGGGCUUUGAAGCCACGCCGCUCAAAGCAGCGAAAGCUUACAGGGGCCCUCUACCCACAAACGAAACGGAGCACUGGAUCCUGAUCGGAGAGCCCAGUAGGAAACACCCGGCUAUACACUGUAAAAAAUGGUCGGACAUCGUGACUGACCUGAACACACAGAACCCUGAGUACCUGGACAUUCGCCACACGGAGAGGGGGAUUCAGCGCCGCAAAACCAAAAAGGUUGGCGGCAACCUGCACUGCCUCAUGGCCUUCCAGAGGGUGAACUGGCAGAAGCUCGGCCCCUGGGCUCUGAACUUGGAGAACGUCCUGCACCACGACUUCCACCACCCGGGCACGGAGCGGCCCCACGGACACGCCUCGGAGGACGCGGAGGAGAAGGCGUCGGCCAAGCGCCUGGCCCACCUGGGACGCUCGCACAGCAUGGGAGGUCAGAAAGACGCGAGCUGGAAACGCCAGUCCAACACCACGGAGAACAGACAGAAGGGCUCCCCGGACGGCGAUCUCGAAGAAGACAUCACAGGCUGAAAAGGGGUUUAUGGGGACAUUCAUGCGGAAGACAAAAUAACAGACCUUCAGUAGCCUUAAGAAGCAUUUAUAGAAUAAGUCUGGAGUUAUGGAGGAUCAUGGGACCCCACUGCAAGUGUGGCUCACUAAUGUUUUUAAUAUGUGUGCAAUAACAGAUCUGUGUAAGAAUGAGCUCAGCCAGGCUCUGGACAAACAUCCGUCUCUUGUUAGAAGGAUACAUUCAUACUUCUUAAUAUCCGUGAAUCAAUGUCCAAUUUUGAUUCGACUCAACUGUCAUUUUGAGGCCGUGACAUAUUUUGCAUCGCUUUUCAAAUCAAAAAUCCCACUGAAGGUAAUGUUUGCGAGGGUCUGUCAACUGUUCCACUUCGUUUCCUUAUCCAUAUUUGUAAUUUAGACAUUUCGAGCAACUAUAUUCAAGUCACAGUUACACAGGCAGCUAACACAAGCCGUAUUAAAUUGAUCCGACCAUUACUGUUUUUGUGGGUCAACUCUCAAGGCAGCAGGUGAUGACACCUUGCGGGCAUGUGGGGGACCGAUGGUCGCCGUCUGGAUUCCUCCAGUAUCAGUUUCAAAGAGUUGAGACAAAAUUACAAUGACACACCGCGGACAUAUCCUUAACGAAAAUAUCGAUCUACGGCCUCAAAAGGAAGUUCAGAGAAUCAAUACCUUUUUAAAAGCUGAACAUGAGCUUCACAGGGCCAUCGCACUGGAAAGUGUUUCCUUUAUUUUGUCCACCCAUGUAUUGAAACCCAUGUUUUCCUUUCAUCCUAACACGGAUCACCAAACACAUUGCUCUGUAUUUAUUUAUGUUUGUGUCACAUCAUCUUAACUUGCUGCAUAAGAGCGUUCAAUAUAUUUAAAUUAGUUCUGUCUCUAGGAAACAUGACAAUGACACAUGUUGCUGUGAAUUCUGCUCUCCAUAUUUCAUCGUAGAGGUACAGUGAGUGGGCUUAUUUUGUGACUGACGUACAGUACAGUAGUUAGUUCAGUGGCAAUGCCGUCCAGUCCCAAGUGUUGUGCUUUGUCAUACCUACAGUGAGACUGUUGCGUAGACUGUCACGGUUUUUAUAAAGACUGUACAGAAGUGAUGGUGGAAUCCCUCCCACAACCAAAAAACAAACUGUGAACCCCCGGAAGGUGAAGACUGCCUGGUUUUAUUUUUCAUGUUUAUGUACAUACAUGUCUCCUUCGCCAUUUGUCAGUCAUUGUGCACCCACAUGGUUUAGAUGUAGUGGUUUUAUUUUAUUUUAUUUAACAAUAAAUUAAGAUUUUUUUAUGAA